AUGGCUACCAAAUAUGCAUAUCCAAUGCAGAGUUUGCUGAAAACCAUGAGCUUAUGCAUUGGAUUGGCAAUGACGGUGGAACGUUGGGUUGCAGUUUGUAAACCGCUCGAAGCUCUAGUUCGAUGCACCCAAAAGGUUUCAAUCAGAAUGUUGAAAAUCAUUGUAAUUUGUUCGGUGUUUUUCAACUCCCCCAAAUUUUUUGAGCUUGAGCCAGGAAUUUUAAGUGCCACGGGAAAUUUGUGGUACUUCUUUUUGUACCAUGUUCUGAUGUCCCUACUAUUCGAUUAUAUGGUCCCCUUUGUGGUGAUGGCUCGGCUCAACUAUCAAUCGAUUCUGGAGUUAAGAGAAUCCCAGCAACGUGCGGAAUCACUUACAACUUCGAAAAUUGACUAUGGAAAAGCUAUCCGAAUGCUUUGGGUCGUCACGUUAUUUUUCGCAGCUUGCCAUGUAUUCGGUGCUGCGUUGAGGAUUGCAGAAUCUUUUGUAGAUCAAAAAAAUGAGUUGUUCAAGCUGGCUGCUGAGGUUAGCCAAAUGUGCAUCCUGUUCUACAGCUCCGCACUGUUUUUUAUUUAUUGGUAUUUCUCUUCAUUCUACCAAGAACGACUGCGACUUCUCUUCAAACAAAAGCCGGGAAACUACUUCGAGGAAAAAUGGGUCAACCUAUUCCGCCGAUCGGGAACUACGGCUGCCAAUUUUUAUAUAGAGCUGGAUGAGAAGUCGGGUCAUUGUCGUCGUCUCAUCGUUGUCGCCUUCAUCAGGAUCGUCAGGAUUGUCUUUGAGCUUGUCUCCAAGAUCGUCUUCAGAGCUUUCGAAAGGAUCAUCUGUAAAAUUUGGUCCUUCAAGAGUCUUCGUCCACAACUUCUUCAAGAUCUUCAGGAUUGUCUUCAAGAUACUGUUCAGGAUCGUCUUCAGUGCUUCCAAAGAAAUUCUCUGUAA